UUUUCAUGUUUUGCAUUUCGCUACCCGUUUAAAUUGAAAAUGUCUUCAGUCGCGGAAGAGUACAGUGAUUAUUUAAAUAAGACUGGCGUUAUGAAGCGCUUAGUUGAAAUAUUGGAGCAUUUAGUGGAAAUAGAUCCGCUGCCGGUUGAUCCAUUGAUGGAGAUAUUGCACGCGUUGGGCUGCCCGCUUAUACCGCAAGCCCAAAUAAAGGCGCUGGAGCGAGAAGUUUCCCAUGCUCAAGAUGAACUGCGUUACUUGCGCCGCGUGCUUAUCAAUAUUGGCGGACGGAAUGAUCUCUACGACAGCGACACCGAUGAAGACGAGUAUGUAGGCGUAGUGGGCACACGUUCGGGUGUGGCGCAGCUUUACGCGCUAGAGUCAGGUGUCUACAAUCCAGAUCAGUCUCCAUGUGCAUCGCCAGUCCCAUACCUUCUGACUGGUGCAAAGCUCGUUAAGAAAGAGGAAAAGUCGCAGCAUUAAGAUGAAAAGUCGAGCUGCACUCGCACAAUUAGUUGUAAGUUUUUGCAUUAUGUAUUAAUUACAUAGUAGCUGCAUUUGAAGCACUUUAAGUCUUCGUAUUAAUGAACAUUAUGAGCUUGUUUUGAACAAAUAAAUGCAUGUGAAUGCACUUGAGGUGAAUAGACCCCUGUGGGGAAAUCAAUAACUAAUUUGAAAUAUCACUCGCUCUCUCGCUGCCUUGUUGCUGUGCUCUCAAACCAAAUUCAAUUAAGCCAAACAUGUUGCACAUGUAAAUGGGUUAACGGCAUCAUGUACACCUUACAUAUUCACUAGAGCGAGAGAGAGUAGCAUAGCCUAUCAGCA